CGUGUGCGGAGGAGCAGCCCGGACCGGACCGGACCGGACCACACGGCGCGGGGGGAUCGGGACCAAGCCGGCUUCUAAACGGACCAAGAUCCUGUCGUCAGUGCCUUGCUCAUCUACCUCUGGGGGUUGCUCCCCAGCUGUUAAUAUGCUGACAAGGGCCACCAUUAGCAGUGCGGUUACUGCUCACCGCCUGAGUAAAAAUGUCACCUUCUAUCUUAAUGAGUCGGUGUCUCCUGCUUCCAGAAAUCAGACCUCAGGCCUCGCAGACUCGAAACCCCUUUUGUUAAUGCUGCCCUGGUUGGGAGCGCGACCCCAAGCCUUGGCCAAAUAUUGUGAAAUCUACGUCCGCGCUGGCUAUGAUAUACUCAUGGUGGAAAGUGAGGUCAAAGACUUCCUGUGGCCACGCUGGGGGCUGGAAAACGGAGCGCAGCUCCUGGAGUUGCUGCACAGCGAGCGCUUUGCGUCACGCCCGCUGCUCGUGCACGCCUUCUCUGUGGGCGGAUACACGUUUGCUCAGCUGCUGGUGAACGUGUCCCGGGACGUGCGGAGGUACCAGGGCCUGACUCAGAGGAUCAGAGGCCACGUCUAUGACAGCUUGGUGGUGGGCUCUCUGGAGAAAAUGGCUAUAGGCCUUGGUAAGACCGUCUUCCCUCGUUUGGAGCGAGUGGUGAAACAAGUUAGCCUGCUCUACUUUUUCAUCUUCAAACAGCAAACAGUUGAUUACUUUGACACGAGCGUCGACGUGUUCCGGAAUAACCCCAUCACUGCGCCUGCACUGUUCUUCUUCUGCGAAAACGAUCCGAUGAGCGACCCACGGGCCAUGGAAGAGAUUAUUGGCUACUGGCAGCAGCGUGGGGUGGCUGUCACGGCAAAGAAGUGGGAGGACUCAACACACGCCGGGCACAUGAGAAGGUACCCUCAGGAGUAUGUCGACACCUUAGACGCCUUCCUCCGCUCCCUAAGCACAGCCCCUCUCAGAUCAAAGAUGUGACACGUUAGAGAGAGAGAGAGAGAGCUGAAAUACGGAAGGAAGCAAAAUAACUGAAUUUCGUCCAUUUUUUUUCAUGUGCAACUAAGAAGUUUGAACAGAAUCCGUUCCUCUACUAAAUUCAUUCCUAUUGCACCUUAGUUUGGUGGGAAGGAAUGUUCCUUUUAUUUAUGUUGCUGGUGUCAAGCCAGUAGGCAGAGGUUGCUGCAAAGAAAGUUCAUAAAUCCCGAGGCAUUGUCCUGCUGGGAAUAGCAAAGUAAGUGAAAACAUCUCACUUCUUGACGGUAUAAUUACACGGCACCCCUCUCGGGAAACAGAUGCUGUUUUCCUGCUCCUCAGAAUUGAUCCCGGAUGUGGAAGUGCUCUUUGUGUUCCU